UGUUUUCAGGUCCGCACAGGGAGCAGCAAAAUCUUUCUCCAAAGAAACAUUUAAGACUGCAACAAAGAAACUGGCAUCCCCUACAAACAUGAAGAUGUCUCUAAAACACGCAACCAAGUACGCAUUUCAGGAGGUAGGGAAGCAGGGUGUAAUCACAGGAAUUAACUACGCCAUUGAUGCUGGAAUUGGGGCCAUCUUUAAAACAAUUUUAGAAAAAGCUUUCAAAGACAUGGUCAAUUCAACAGUCAAAAAGAAUGCCGAACUAGAUCUUAGUCUCACUGAGUACAUUAGCUCUGCAGUUCCUAAAGGAGCUUUGCAGAACCGCAGCAACUAUAAGAUUGACUCAAAGCUUGAACAACAAAUGAAAGAUUUAGUUCAAAAUAUGACAAAAUAUCUUAUUCCUGGCCUCAUGACUGAUGCCACCACAUCCCAAGUCAGUAAUGUUAUCAGCAGACUCUCUGAGGUGUGCAAUAAUGCAACUGACCUCGUGGCAAAAAGUGGGACACAUUGUAUUGCAAAAGGAGUCAAAAUAAGUGUAGAAAUAGCUAAACACACCACAACCUUGGUCCAAAUGAUUCAGUCCAUUCCUACAGAACAUGUUAUCAAUGACAUAUUUGUCCUCAAAUUAAAAAAAGAAAUUGAAAAGCAGCAAAAAAAUCUGGAGCAGUAUGACCAAGAUGGCAGACAUGACUUACCAGAUGUGAUUCGCUUGAAGGAUGAGUUCCUAAGCUCCAUUUCGGAAAGUGUCUCCGAAGCGUUCAUAGAUGCUUGUGCUGGUCAUAUGUCCUCUUUUGUGACGGGACAAUUCAAGAAAAAGCUCAAUGGAGUCACUGGAAAAGUUGCUGACAAUGUACUUGGCAGACACAAAACUGAGGGCUUUUUCCAGGACCGGCAGCAUAAACAUGAUAUGAAGUCAGUCAGUCAGAAGACUGGGAAAGCUCUGUCAGAGACUGAAACAAAAGAACUUCUGGACUAUGCAGAGAAGAUUGGUGAUGUUAAUCGACCAGCCUCGGCCCUGGACAUUUAUGUCCUCACAAACAGUGACCUCCUUCAUGGUAAAGGCAUCCAGUUCAAAGUGGUGGAUCAAGAUGGGACAACACUCUCAGAGGAGUCCUACCCGGGAACAAACAGCUCAGCCGGCCAAAUCACUCUACGGCUGACCAAAGAGCCUGAGAAAACACACAGUGAGAAAGGAAUCCUCUCUAAAGCAAAAGACAGAAUCCAAGGAGUGGAAAGUCCAUAYAGUGGUCACUUUGACAUCAUCCAAGAUGGCAAAGUAAUCCCUGUGCGCUCAGAGAACAAGAACUGCCUGUACCAUGCCCUAGCACAGGCAACAUCUAACAGGUCAGAGGAUGAGAUCAAGAGUCAAGCUGUGAAUCUACGAAACAAUGUUAAAGACCAGAUUAAAGGGAGCCUUCAGGAUUAUAGUGAAAUGGUUAAAACCCAGAUGGCCUAUGAUGCACUCGAGAAAAAUCAUGGAAAAUAUGCUAUAGUUGGAGGGGCCAGGAAUAGAAAACGGACGAGUGAUGGGGAAUAUGAACAUGAUAUCAGGCCCAUGAAGAAAUUUCCAUAUAGUUCCUCAAAGAUAAAUGAGUAUGACAUAGCCAAGAAGUACUACCUUGGGUUAGUUGGUCCUUAUAAAAGCGUCAAAAACUCCAAACUUUUAUCUGAUAACAUGGAGAAAAUAGUCAUUGUGGAGAGAGACCAUCAAUGCCCAGCCAUAAGAUGUCCGUUUUGA